AUGAGUUUCCAGAAGAAGAAAGUUCGAUUUCUAACCAUUGUCGCUGCCAUCGUUGCUUUUAGCAUCACAGCUGAAAAAUUCAAGCAACUUGUUGGCGAGAAUGCAUCCUUCCAUCGCGGGAAGUUUACAAUCCUAAAUUGCUUUGACAUGAAUUCUGGAACGUUGGCGUGUAGUGUGAAGGAAGGUGCGAAGCUGUACUUCUACAACAUUAGAGCUGCUCGUGUUGAAAGAGCAAGGCAAGAUACAGUGCAAUCUGCCUUUGUUGAUGUUAUGAAGCAGGGAAUGUCAAAAAGUGCUUCAAUGAAAUAUGCUAAGAAAGAAGGUAAAAAGGCAGCAAAAUUGGCUUCUCGCAAUGUCAAACACACUCUGGGUCCGCUCAUCUCUUCAGGAUGGGAUUUUUUUGAAUCUGUGUACUAUGGUGGUACUGUCGCUGAGGGGUUCAUCAGGGGAAGUGGCACCUUGUUUGGAACUUAUGCUGGAGGCUUCCUUGGGGAGCAAAGGCUUGGGAGACUUGGUUACCUUGUUGGAAGUCACAUGGGUAGCUGGUUUGGAGGUAAACUAGGGCUAAUGCUAUAUGAUGUGGCUAAUGGAAUGCAUUUCUUGUUUCAUUCUAGAAAACUCAGUAACUUGAGCUAA